AUGCAGAUAUCGGUAGAUGAUCGCAUUAAACUACUACAAGAAACACACUGUGAUUAUGGACCUGCAUCUCAAGAUUUUCUUUCCACAUCUGUACAACUACCAUGGCAAAGAUCAGUAUCUCACAACAGAGUUCCCUACUACAUUAAUCAUCACACUCAAACAACCUCCUGGGAUCAUCCUAAAAUGACCGAACUGUUCCAAUCACUAUCUGACUUGAACAACGUGCGCUUUUCUGCUUACCGUACAGCCAUCAAGAUCCGGAGACUACAAAAAGCCUUGUGUU